AUGGAGGCCAUCCUCUCCCCCUUCGAGCAUCAGGUCCUCUGCCACCUCCCCCGGGCAGGUGUGCUGGGCAAGCGGGGGCGCAUCCAGCCCCUCAUCCUGCCCCCGCACUGCGAGUCCUGCCUGGAGCUGCUCCUUCAGACCUCCUCCAACGUGGGCGUCGACCCCCACAGCCCCUACGUCUUCUCCCGGCCUUUCCAUUCGCCCGCCACGCCGCUCCGGGGCACCGACCUACUGCGCAACCUGGCGCGGGCCAGCGGCGCCAAGAACCCCCGGGCGUUGACCCAGACACGGGCGCGCCAGCAGGUAGCCAUUCUCACCCAGCUACUGCUCCUGGAGGAAGGCGAGGGGCAGGGCCAGCCGGGCGGGGCUGCCGCCAAGCGCCUGGAAGACUUCCUGCAGAGGGAGUACCACGUGACCCAGAGCUGCGCCACGAUAGGCCGAGACCCGGCGCUGAUGGGCCGUGUGGGCAGGGUGGUGAUCUAUGGGGAAAAGGAGGGGGUCCUCUUCAGAGGGAUGAGUCUGCAGCACAUCUGUCUGGAGCUGGAUGUGAUGUCAGGAAACUCUGCGGACUCCUUCUCAGACGACUCGGACGUGGAGGCAGAGAAGGUUAAGGAGAAGGUUAAGGAGAAGGUUAAAGAGAAGGUUAAGGAGAAGGUGGAGGAGAAGGAGAAGGUGGGGGAGGUGAAGAAGCAACCAGGUCAACCCCCCAGCAAGAAUAAAGCCCCCGCUCCCUCCCCGGUCAACCCCUCGCUCCCUGGUGCCCAUAAGAGGAGGAUCAUUCAACCCAAGUCCGGGAAGCGUGGGGUGCUGAAACGGCCCUGGUCGGAGGCGGAGCGCAUCGCCGUGGAGACGCACCUGAAGAGGAACAUCAUGGAGCAGCGCGUGCCAGCCAAGGCGGACUGCGAGCGCUGCCUGCAGCUCUGUCCCCUGCUGGUCAGCAACCAGCGUGACUGGAGAGCCAUCAAGUUCUACUGCCACAACCGUAUCCAGCUACUGAAGAAGCAAGGCAGGAGGGAGAGGGCAGGGAACUCUGUUAGAUAGAGAUGGGAGAGAGCGAGAGAACUGACUUCAACCAUCUGGAGUGGCCCUAUUCUAGUCCUGGAGAACUGCAGUCUGCUUGUUUUUCGUCCGAAUUUACCUGACCUCUGACCUGACCUUAGAGGUCGUUCCUGGGACUAGGUGUGCACUAUCAGUCCUAGCCCUGUAGCCCAGUAAUGCAGUGUUGUCUUCAUCAAGAGUCAAGGAGAGAAUUAACUGGGAUUAGUUGAAAUAUCUCCUCUGACCAGGGGACAUAUCCACAUAGUGUCUCAAAGGGGUCUAGGAAUCCUGUUAAAUCCUGUUUUUAAGACCCAAAAAAAGCCCCCCAGCUCACAGUAGGUUUUAUGAUGUUAAGACACUGACCAGACAAACACUGAACCAGGAGUAACAUCAACUCCUAAAAAGGUUCAUCUCAGCUGGUCGUCACGACAGUUUGAGGUACCGCAAAGGAAUGAUGGUGAUGACACUCAUCGUUGUAAAUUAUUGGAAAUAACCAAUCACGAAGAGGCAUGGCCAGCUGUGAACUGUAUAGCACGUUUUCAGACACCCAGAUGAACGUGACCGUACAUCAAAUGUUGCAAUGGUAAAACACUUGAUAUAAUUUGUCUGACACGAUCACUUUGCCUAACUCCUAAUUAUUGCCUAAUAUGUUGGCAUGCAUAACCUUUUUUUUUUUUUACCAAUUCUGAUGUUUUUUAGUUUUUUUAAAGCGUAAGUUUUAUAAUAUGGUCGCUAACACUCUGAACUCCUGGAUGAUUAUUCUAAAUGUAUUUUGUACGUUACUGUAGGCAUCACGUCUUUUACUGAUAAUGUUGCAUUAAAACCUAUCAUUUUCAACACCCAAUCAAAGUUAACAUAGGCCCGAAAUACCUUCAGUGGCCCAAUAUUACUUAGGCAUAUUAUUUAACAGUGUUGCAGGCCUUUUUUUAUUUUUAUGAUCAAGACACCUGCUGGUAACUCUUAACUGGUGAGGUCAGAUCAUGAGGUCUCUUAAAUAUCUGUCAACUAGUUUAGGUUUAAUGCCUAGCUUUUAUUUUUUUUUAUUUUACCCGUAAGAGUAGGAGUAAAAUGUCUCUUCUCAGCACUUACGACACAUUUUCUACUCCUGAGACGCUUUGUGGAUACGGGCCCUGGAUUACGAAACAACAGUCCUAGAAGUUUCUGGAGAAUCCCGAGUUUAAAACCCUUUUAUUUCAAUCUGUUGGGAAAUGACUGAGAAAAAGUGAGGGAGUUCAAAGCAGUGGACCUCCACUGAAAGCUGAAGACCAAAUGUGAAUAUUACGUUGUCUUUACAAAGAUGUAGGAAGAAACACAUGGAUUAAACCAAUACGACCCCCCCCACCACCACCACCACCACCCUAGAAUGAGCAUACAUGUCAUAUGGGUUAAACCAAUACGACCCCCCCCCACCACCACCACCACCCUAGAAUGAGCAUACAUGUCAUAUGGGUUAAACCAAUACGACCCCCCACCACCACCACCACUACCCUAGUAUGAGCAUACCUGUCAUAUGGGUUAAACCAAUACGACCCCCCCACCACCACCACCCUAGAAU